AUGGCGGAGGUCAAAGAAUCCGAUACCUCCGCCGAGGAUAUCCGGAAGGCAUUGCUCAGUGGUUCUACAAAACGUAGAUUAGCCGCACUCGACACAAUCAGUCAACAGCUUGUAGCGGAGGAUCUCUCGCCAGCUACUCUGCAACACCUUGUCCCAUUACUGUUCGAUACAUACCCCCGAUAUGCCGACCGACCGUCACGUCGAGCUGUACAGAAUAGUCUGAGAAAAGCUAUAUCUGGAGAAUACGCAGACGGCGCAUUGAAUAUAUUCGUGAGAUUACUCGAGACCGAGGCGCCCAAGACUAGCGUGGCCCCUUCGAAUGCGUUUGUGCUGCUGGAAUGGUGUACCACUGUGUUGGUUGCGAUCAGUAAGAGCCAGGAACGAUGGGACAAGUACGGUCUCAGGAUUGUCGGUGCAGAUGCUAUAAUUCUAGAAGUCUGCAUGUCGACUGAUGCGAAGGCGACUAUGAAGCAAUCUGCUUUGGUGAUAACGCGCCGUGCAUUUAGAACUAUCUUCAAGGCGGCACACGACCCUCCGCAAGUGCUUAAAGUACUCGUCUCUACACUAUCAGCGAAAGGCGCGAAUUCUAAAGCUAAGAAUGCUGUUGCGUUGGGUGUGAUUGCUGGUGUAUGUGCAAGAUUAACAUCCAUUGCGCCCUCCAUUCAAGAUGUGAAGAAGGAUUACUAUGCAUUCUACGCACGCGAAAUCUUGGGUUCCAAGACGGCCCUUCCGCAGCACAUCACUAAUGGCAUGCAUGAUUUCUUUCACACGUUCGCGGGAAUUGGGGAUCUACAGAAAGAGCUUAUUCCCGCCAUAGAAAAGGCUCUUCUACGAGCACCGGAAGUUGUCUUGAAUGAUAUGUUAGCGACCCUCGUCAAUUCGCUACCAUUAGAGAUGGAUUUAUCGGAUAUACUCUUAAACAGUCUUCUCAAGCCUCUCCUGUCGAACAUCAAGUCCACGAGCGCAAUCAUCCGAAUAGGCGCUUCCAACACCUUCCAGGCUCUUGCCACCCGUUCCCACACGCAGCAGACAAUUGAAAAGGUUGCAGAGGAACUACUCGCUCCGCUCAAGCAAGGGAAAGUCCCAGGGGCUGAGCAAAAAGUAAUUCACGCCCAGAUGCUGGCUGCUCUCAAAGGACACGAUGCACCGCUUCCGCAAAUAGCAACAGCGCUCGCUCAAGUCGCACUAAAAGAAAGCAGCGAACAAGCGGCUAACGCCGAAGUGAACGCUAUUGCCAAGCACGUGACGGAAAUACUCGUGGCUGGUGCAAAUGUUGAAAGCACGGUUUCGCAAGCGUUUGCUAAAGGCAUCACUGAUAAGAAGUUACCCAUAAGAAGAGUGUGGGCGCUACGCUUUGGGGAGAUCAUUUGGAAGGUCCCAUCGCACGAGGCAAAUACUCUGGACUUCUGUCGUGCCCCUCUUAGCGCAUUCAUCGAUUCUUGGAAUGACAUACAAACAAACGCAGUCCCGGCUGCGCAGAAUGGCCUUGUGGUUCUAGGCUACAUACUUACCUCCCUUUGCAUGUCCCGUCUAGCCGAGGUCAGUGACGACAAAAUAGAUGCAUUAAAGAGCAAAGUGUCGGCAAUCAAGACACUUCUCGUGGCCGAACCGAAGCCAUCAUUCCUCUUGAAUAAUCGUGUCUACACAAAGCUGACGGGCUCGUGUGAUCUUGUAUGGUUGAUUCGUGCGCUGGCAUCUGUUGCAUCGCCUGUAGCUGAAGCAAGCACAGACAGUGGUUUAGGAGAUGCGUGGUCACAGGCCUUUAUCUACUGUCUGACCGCAAGCAGUCUGCCCAGUGAGGUGCGUCAAGAAGCCGUUCGGGGGCUGUCUUUGGUAUACUCUCAACAACCUAUGCCUAUCGCAAACAUCAUAAUUGACGGUCUAUGGAACUGGUACCGGAGAGCAGAGCUGAAUGAAAAGGAUACUGCAGCAUUGGCGGCAAAAACUGGGAACGAUCAGCUUCAGCAUGCUGUUUCAUCGAUAUGCAUGCGACCAGAAGAAGCGAAGACGCUGAAUAAAAACUACGAUCAAACGAUCAUCGGACCUCAACUUCGAGAUCUACUCAUACUGGCUCGGCCUGAACUCAUCCCUCGUGUGUCUUGGAUUGACUUGUGUCUGCGGACUGGUAACGACCCAGGAGCAUUGGUAAAAGCGAGCUGUGUCGAACUUGUUCAGAAUAUCAUCAAGGUUACUGAGGAUCCUCUAAACCGGAAUCUGCCCAAGGUCCAAUUAGCUGCUGGAAACGCGGCUGCGGACUUGGCCUUUGUUGCACCCGAUACAGCGAUACCAAUUAUUCUGCAACAGAUCGCGACUGAUCUUGAUCCCAGCCAGCUGGAGAAUGUUGGUCCCACGGAAGCGGCCAUUUUUCGAACUCCCGAAGGAACAGCUUUUGUCGACGUUCUUGCGAACAAGGGUCCGGCGCAGAGCCUGCAAAAGACCGCAAAAGAUUACGACACUCUCAAAUGGGAAGAAGACCUUCGAGCUCAACUAGCCGAGAAGAAGGGGCAAACGAGAAAGCUCACCGCGGACGAGCAGGCAAAACUGAAAGCGCAGCUUGCAAAGGAAUCAACGAUUCGUAGUGAAAUAGCACAGAUCGAAUCAAGAUUACGGCGUGGGGUAGGGAUUGUUGCAAGCCUUGCUUCUGGGCCUCCGACUGAUUCUGAUAUUUGGCUCAGACAAUCUUUGCAGCUCCUCUUGCAGGCAAUCAGCAAUGGUGCAGGUCUUCUACUCGGUCACGCACCAGCAGACGCUUAUAUCAAAUGUUCCGAACGUAUAUCUUCAAGAAUUGGUACUUUGAGGCCUUUUAUUGGUAUCGCAACAUUACGCGCCAUUGGAAACUCAAAUCUCCCAGAAGAAUUACAAGCAGAAGAUCUUGGCGACAUGGUAACCCGUAUACUCUACAGACUUCGGUUCCUCGGCGAACAAAGAUCGUUCGACUCUGCAUCGCUCAUGUACAUCUUCCCGCUUCUGUUCCUGGUUUUGGAGCGAGGUGGAAUCUCCAAGACCUCCGUAGAUGAGGCGGACGAGCAGAUCGUUCUCUCGCUUGAAUUCAUAUCGAUGCAUACGGAUGCGUGUUCGGAUGAUAGACUACCUCGUCAGCGACUGCUUGCACUUCUGAUCUCCACUAUGCAAAGAUAUACCCAACAUUACAAGCUUGUCAAAGACCUGCUGAUCGAUCUCUGCAGGAGCUUGGCGGCCAACAUAACCGUUGAGGAGAUCUCUACACUGGUGAAAGGAACAAUCGUUCCUCAGAUCUCGGUUAGAUCAUCUGUUUUGCAAGCUAUCGAUGCAGAGAUUGAUCUAAGCGACUUGACAUUCCUCCAAGAGAUAUGGCUUGCUUGCCACGAUGAUGUUGCCGAGAACGUCGAGAUCGCACAGACCAUUUGGGAAGACAGUGGCUUCACAGUCCGACCAGAGUCCGCUACGGAAAUCUUGCCUUACCUCGAGUCUAGUGACAAGCAACUACGUAGAGCUGCUGCUCGGUCUACUGCUGAAAUUAUACGACUUCAUCCUACCAUCUUUCAAACUAUUACGGCCAGUAUGGAGGCAAUCUACAAAGAAAAGGCGAAACCUCGCGAGCCAGAGCGAGACGAGUAUGGCCUCGUCAAGAAGACCAAUCUUACUGACCUAUGGGAGGCCCGAGACGGCAUUGCUCACACCUACAGGGAACUCGCACCUCUAUAUGUCGAGUCUCGCGUCAUUAGCACUAUAGAGUUCAUGGUCCAAGCUGGGCCACUUGGUGAUCGUAACGCAACAGUCAGAGAUGGUAUGAUCGAGGCUUGUACGGCGAUCAUUGCCUCGAAAGGUAAAACGCAUGUCGAAAAGCUCAUGCAGCUUUUCGAGCAAGCCCUGGAAGGACCAGAUAGAGGCUCUGCAGACUAUGACAUGGUCAACGAGGCAGUCAUCAUUCUCUAUGGUGCUCUGGCUCGACACUUGAAGGCAGGAGACAAUCGGGUACCAAAGGUAGUUCAACGUCUUCUAGACACUCUCAGUACGCCAUCUGAAACUGUCCAAUACGCAGUGGCAGAGUGUCUGCCGCCAUUGGUGCAAGCGAGUAGCCAGGAAACUUCAGCAUAUGUUCAGCAGAUGAUGGAUAAACUACUCAAUUCGAAAAAGUACGCGGAACGUCGAGGUGCUGCUUACGGUCUCGCUGGUAUCGUCAGUGGCAAAGGAAUCAUUGCUUUUCGUGAAUAUCGCCUUCUCGUAACGUUGAAGGGUGCUACAGAAAACAAGAAAGAAGCAAACCAACGACAAGGAGCUUUUCUGGCAUACGAAUUGCUCUCAUUAGUACUUGGACGAGUUUUUGAACCAUAUGUUAUUCAGCUGGUCCCUCAACUUCUGGUUGGAUUUGGCGACAGUAGUGCUGACGUUAGAGAAGCCUGUCUAGACGCGGCGAAGGUAUGCUUCUCGACCCUGAGUUCAUUCGGUGUCAAGCAAGUACUUCCCACUCUUCUCGAGGGCCUCGAUGAUCAACAAUGGCGCAGUAAGAAGGGAGCUUGCGAUUCGCUGGGGGCCAUGGCGUAUCUGGACCCUGAGCAACUUGCCCUGAGCCUACCAGAGAUAAUUCCACCGUUGACUCAAGUCUUGACGGACAGUCAUAAAGAAGUCAGGGCCUCUGCAAAUAGAAGCUUGCAACGCUUUGGUGAGGUAAUCAGUAACCCUGAGAUCAAGAGUACAGUCAAUGUUCUUCUGAAGGCUCUUAGUGAUCCUACCAAACACACUGAUGACGCGCUGGAUGCCUUGAUAAAGGUGUCAUUCGUCCAUUAUCUAGACGCUCCAUCGCUUGCACUUGUCGUCAGGAUUUUGGAACGUGGGCUUGGUGAUAGGUCUGCCACUAAACGAAAGUCGAGUCAAAUCAUUGGAAGUCUGGCUCACCUAACAGAGCGCAAAGACCUGACUGCUCACUUGCCAAUCCUUGUUGCUGGACUCAAGACUGCAAUCGUUGAUCCAGUGCCGACCACACGAGCUACGGCCUCCAAAGCUCUCGGCUCACUUAUCGAAAAGCUUGGCGAAGAUGCCUUACCGGACUUGAUACCCAGCUUGAUGGCAACUCUCAAAUCAGACACUGGCGCUGGAGAUCGAUUGGGUUCGGCACAGGCGCUCAGUGAGGUGCUCGCUGGGCUUGGAACGGCUCGUUUGGAAGAGACCUUGCCAUCGAUUCUUCAAAAUGUACAGAGCUCAAAGUCAUCAGUCAGAGAAGGUUUCAUGUCUCUAUUCAUCUUUUUACCUGCCUGUUUUGGUAACAGCUUUGCCAAUUACCUCAGCAAAAUCAUUCCUUCAAUACUCGGCGGUCUUGCAGAUGACAACGAGACGAUUCGUGAAACAGCACUACGAGCUGGACGACUACUUGUCAAGAAUUUCUCAAGCAAAGCAAUCGACCUACUACUGCCCGAACUUGAGCGUGGUUUGGCUGAUGAUAGCCACCGGAUCCGUCUUAGCUCAGUCGAGCUUGUUGGAGAUCUACUGUUCAACCUCACAGGUAUCACAGGCUCUACAGAGGAAGAAGAAGCCGAAGAAGGCGCGAAAGAAGCCGGACAGUCUCUUCUUGAAGUUCUCGGGGAAGACAAACGCAACAAGGUUCUCUCUGCGCUGUAUAUAUGCCGCUGCGAUACUUCUGGUCUUGUACGAAGCGCCGCCAUCAAUGUCUGGAAGGCUUUGGUAGCUACUCCUCGUAUACUCCGUGAGCUUAUUCCGACUCUUACUCAGCUGCUCAUUCGCCGCCUUGCGAGUUCCAAUAUGGAGCAAAAGGUUAUUGCGGGCAAUGCGCUCGGAGAACUUAUUCGCAAAGCUGGUGAAGGUGUUCUCGCAAGCCUUCUACCUACUUUAGAAGAGGGACUUCACACCACGGACAGCGAUGCCAAGCAAGGCAUCUGUAUAGCGCUUAAGGAACUCAUUUCUGCCGCGUCGACUGAGGUUCUUGAGGAGUACGAGAAAACACUCAUUUCUGUCGUUCGAACGGCACUUGUGGACUCAGACUCAGAGGUCCGUGAAGCUGCAGCAGAAGCAUUCGACUCGUUGCAGCGUAUUCUAGGGAAGAAAGCCGUCGAUCAAGUCCUGCCCUAUCUCCUCAACCUUCUGCGUAACGAGGAUGACGCUCAAAAUGCCCUUUCUGCGUUGCUCACUUUGUUGACGGACAACAUGAGAUCCAACAUCAUUCUCCCGACGCUACUUCCGACCCUUCUAACAACACCAAUGACUGCUUUCAAUGCACGCGCAAUUGCUUCCCUCGCUGAAGUCGCCGGACACACCAUGACGCGGCGCCUACCCAACAUCAUCAAUGCGCUUAUUGAAAACAUAGUAAGCACUAAGGACGAGGAUUUGAGGAGAGAACUCAGCUCAGCAUUUGAUACUGUUUUGCUCUCUGUGGAUGAAUAUGAUGGGCUUAAUACUGCCAUGAGCGUUAUGCUAGGCCUGGUCAAGCAUGACGACCACCGUAGACGAGCCACCGCAGACUUGCAUCUAUCCGCUUUCUUUGCGCGUACCGACAUAGACAUUGCUCGGUACCACGAGAGCUUAAUCUCAGCUCUGCUUGUCUCUUUUGACGACAGCGACAAAGACGUCGUCAAGGCAGCCUGGGCCGCGCUCAGUGAAUUGACGAAGCGACUGCGAAAAGAGGAAAUGGAUUCCUUGGUCAUUUCAACGCGCCAAGUCCUAAACCACGUUGGUGUCAAAGGAUCCAACCUUCCAGGCUUCUCUUUACCCAAGGGUAUAAAUGCCAUAUUGCCUAUAUUCUUGCAAGGUCUCAUGAAUGGUACGGCGACCCAGCGUGAGCAAGCCGCUCUGGCGAUAUCAGACAUCGUCGAUCGGACAAAUGGAGAUGCUCUACGACCCUUCGUUACUCAAAUCACUGGCCCUCUUAUCCGCGUCGUUUCUGAACGUUCUGUGGAGGUCAAAGCUGCAAUCUUGUUCACCCUGAAUAACCUUCUCGAGAAGAUACCAACGCUACUGAAGCCUUUUUUGCCACAGCUGCAACGCACAUUCGCUAAGUCAUUGGCCGAUACAUCAAGCGACGUCCUUCGCACUCGAGCUGCGAAGGCUUUAGGUACCCUCAUCACACUAACACCACGUAUCGAUCCUUUGAUAGCAGAGCUUGUCACUGGAGCUAAGACGAUCGACACCGGAGUCAGGAACGCGAUGUUCAAGGCGUUGUUUGAAGUGGUCAGUAAGGCAGGCAGUAACAUGAAUGAAGCCUCAAGAAAUCUCAUUCUUGGUCUGAUAGAUGCCGAUGAGUGUGAUAACGAUGAAGCAACAGCGAUAACCAACGCUCGACUAUUUGGCGCUUUGGUGAAGGUUGUUCAGGGGGAUGCGGUGGAAAAGCUCCUCAAGUCUCGCGUCCUUACGACGCAGUUCACAAGAUCUUCGGUGUUUGACCUCAAUGCUGUCCUGCUCGAUGCUGCCGUUAGACUUACCAGAGAUUUCGAAGAAGAGACUGUAACAGUAAUCAGCUCCGGGAUUCAGCACAAACAACCAGAGAUUGUCGAUAAUUGCGUAUUGGCAGCAGGUAAAUAUUUGUUGACCGAAUCAAGCAACAAAAAUUUCGAUGCAGUCAAACCGCUGUUCGAAGCACUUGCGCCGAUCAUACAGCCUGGAAAUCCUGUCGAUACUAGACGACUCGCUCUUGUGGUCAUUCGUACGGUGGCUCGAGAAAACAGCGAUGUUGUCAGACCUCAUCUCCCACUGCUUGCGCCGCCCAUAUUUGCAAGUGUGCGAGAUCCGGUCAUCCCCAUCAAACUCUCCGCAGAGGCUGCGUUCUUAGAGAUAUUCUCGGUUGUGGAAGAAGAGACUGUAGUAUUUGAUAAGUACAUGGCAGGUCCAGGUUCGAGCCUGGCCCCCAACCAGAAGCGAAGCAUGCAAGAUUACUUUAAAAGAGUAGCAACGCGGCUGGGGACGCAGGCCAGGGAGAGAAAAGAAGCCGAAGGUGGCCAUGGGGGGCUUGGUUUGUCUAGUGAUGAGAAGGAAGAUGAGAGAGAAGUUUGGAGCGUUGGCAAAGUUGACUUGGGUGAAAGUGCCCUUCGCGACGAUUAA